AUGUAUUUCGAAGACAUGCAAACAUUUGCAAUAGAAUCAAUCGUUGUAAAAAACUCAAUAAGCGCAUUAGAAAUUAAUGAUUAUCAAAACGCUGAUGAACGAAGGCAAGUACUGUUCAGGAAAAAUCGAGAGUCUCUUAUGAAAAUUUAUUUUUUAUCUCACAAUCUAAUGAAAUAUGUUAUUUCAACAGCUCGAUCAACAUUGUUGCCGAUAAUUGUUAAUUUAGCGGAUUAUCGCAGCCUCGGAUUAUUACAAAUUGCCGAUUUUAGCGAUUUAGUGACAAAGAGCAUCAGAAAUGGAACUUCAAAAAUAAGACACGAGUAUUACAAUGAAAUAAUGAGAUCGGUUUCUAAUCAAAGAACAUUAAAGAGUAUUUCAAUUAAAAAAGUUCCUCAAUUUAUGCGAUGCAUUACUAAUCUAUUUGUUCAACAAGUUUUGUAUACUAUGAUGCAAACUAUUGAACAUAUAAUCAAAACAAUUAAAGACACUCGUCAUUGUCCUCAAAUAAAUUUUGAGCUCAUCUGCCAAGACGGACGUUUGCUGAUAGAUCCAUCGAUUGAAGAAAUCGGACGAAUUUAUCAUCAAAUUAUAACUGACAUAAAAAAUAUCGCGCGAAAUUUGCUUCCGUUUAAAUGCGGAGUUAAUUUUGAUCCCGAGCAAGAUUUUAUUGAUGUCAAAGUUCCCAAAUGGUUCAUCAAAAAGUCUCAUGAAGAACUAGACGCUGUAAUAAUUGAAAUUUUCAAACCAUUAAAUGAAUUCUUUGGCAGAGUUAAUAAUGAGUUCAGUUUCAUCUGUUCGCGAAAAACAAAAGCGAUGAUCAUAGAAUUAGUUUCGGAAGACAAUGACUUUGAAUUUUAUUGCGACAAAGUUAAAAUUUUCAAUGAGUACUUGCUGAAAGCCAAUGCGAUGAAUUCGUAUAUUCACUAUGAAAUAGGACGGCUUAGUCAGCUUAAAGCCAAAGAAACUUUGAAGGAGAUAAUUAUGGAGAUUAAUGGAAUUUUGGUGAACAAACUGGUGUCCUAUCAUUGGAAAUUUAACUCGUUAAUUUGCAAAGAGUUUGAAAUCCUUGAAAAAAACGCCUUGGAUGUACCUAACAAUACAAAGGCAUUGUUUGAAUUGAGUGAAAAUAUGGGAAUUGCGGCUAAAGUUACUGUGGAAAAAUUGGAAGAAAAAAUCUGCGAAUCUGUUAAAAUGCUAAGUGCUCUUUUGCAGAUUACUAGUUUGAGCGAAGAGCAUAUCGAGCUGAACAAGAGAACUAUCAAUUGGUUGUCUCUGAUAGAAGCUAUUUUCAACCAGAGUAACACUCUUUGCGAAGCGAUGAAAAGCGAGUUAGAAGAUGAACUGCAAAAGAAGAUAAACACCCUGAAUGUUGAAGUCGACAAUAUUCUUCCUGACUUUAUUAUUCUGGAUGAUAUGGACAACGCUAAAAGAGUUCAUGAGUACAUCGAGUACUUGGAUGUUCUAGUGAGGAAAAUAAAGAAUAUUGAUGAAAAAAUUCUGGCGAUAAAUAAUGAAGAAAAACUAUUCAAGUUUCCAGAAACGGCUUUUCCAAAAGUUGAAGAAGUUAAGGAUAUCAUUCUGCCAUUUUAUUCGUUGAUCCAGAUGAUCCACCAGUGGAGGCGACACAAUUCCGUGUGGAUGGAUGGACCUUUGGAGUAUGUAAAUGCAGAAGAGGUUGGCAAGAUAACAUUUUACUACUUAGAACAAUUCACGGAAUUAAACAGGUCGAUGAAAACAAAAAUCAAACAGGACAUGACUUCCAAUAAACCUUUCAGAUUUUCGGGAGUAAUUGACGACCCUGAUCCGAUGCAGCAACCAGCGCCGCUUAAAUUGUGUUUCCAAGCACUGGAGCACGUAAAAGACUUCAAGCAGUACGUUCCUUUGGUUAAUUGUAUGUGCAAUCCUGCUUUAGCUCGAAGACACUGGACAGAAAUGUCUUCUAUUUACGGCGAAGACUUUACCCCGAAUGCUGGAACUACUUUGAGGAAGAUUAUAGCGCUGGAUUUGAUGAAGGAUAUUGAUAAGUAUGAGGUCAUUAGUAUCAGUGCAAAUAAAGAGCUGGCUUUGCAGAAACAGUUGGAAAAAAUGUCCAGUGAAUGGGAUUGCAUCAGUUUUGUAAUUGAGAGUGAUGCGAAGAAUAGAUUGAUUUUUGUCAACUAUCAGGAAAUUCAAAUUCUGCUCGAGGACCACUUGGUAACGAUCCAGGAGAUGAAGGGAUCUUAUUUUGUGAAACCAAUUAUGGAAGCUGUUGUCAAUUUUUACCACGCGUUGACUCAAGUCCGAGCUAUUAUAGAAAAAUGGAAUGAACUUCAGGAAGAAUGUUUCUUCCUUUCGCCUGUUUUUGUUAGUAAGCAGGAUAGCGAACUUCUGAAGGCUGAUUUGUAUACUGAAGUUUGCGAGACGCUUGAUACGAUAAAAUGCAAUAUUUUGAGAGAUCCUUCUUUUAGAAAUUUAGGAAAAUCUACGAAAUACUAUGAAGCAUUGACAAAAGCGGAAGAGAAAGUCGAAAUUGUUAAUAAAGCGAUUUGUACGUAUUUGGACAGUAAGAGGUUGAUUUUUCCGAGAUUUUUCUUUCUGUCUAACAAUGAAAUUGCGGAGAUACUCUUCAAUAAGAGCGGCGUUGAAAGAAUAAAAUUAUUGCUGCAAAAAUGUUUCCAGGGGGUGAAAGACGUCCGAUUGAACAGAAGCAAGGAAAUUACAUCCAUUUUUAGCGAUCACGGAGAAGAACUAACUUUAAAGGACAAAAUUUCUUGUGUUAAAAAUUCUAAAAACUGGUUACAGUCUAUUGAGUCACAAACAACAAACUCAGUACGUGAAGAAAUAGUAAAAAAUUUAUUUCCGAUUGAUAUGAUGACUCUAACUAAAUUCACUUCUCCUUUAAUAAUUACUGAAUGUCUCGCGCAAUUAUUCUGGACUUCUAGAGUUCAGGAUUGCUUUAUCGACUUUUCUUCCUCAAAAUUAAACAAAGUUUUUGAAGAACAGAAAGAUGUGAUCAUAAAUACCAUCACUAGUUUGAAGACUCUAGCGCAAAGGAAGCAAAGAUUCAUUCUGAUGUCACUUAUCACAGUUUUCUGUCAUCAAAAAGAAGUUAUCAAGCAAUUGAUUGACACAAAAGUGAUUCGAGAAAGUGAUUUCUACUGGAUUGUACAGAUGAGAUUCUACUGGGUAGAAAAUAUCCAAGUAAAAAUGGUAAAUGCUUCAAAACAAUACGGAUACGAAUUUUUCAGCUCUGAAAGUCCAUCGAUUGUCAACACUCCGCUUACUGACAGAUGCUACCGCACCAUUUUCGAAGCAGACCAUCACCACUUUUUUGGAGCACUAGUUGGUCCAGCAGCUACUGGAAAAAUCCAGACAAUAAAGAGAUUGGCUCGUGCUCUGGGGACCCAAUUUUACUUGAUAAACUGCACGAGAGAGCUUACUUACUCUAGGUUUUCAAAAAUAUUCAAAGGAAUGCUUGCAUGUGGAGCAUGGGUGUGUUUUAAAGACAUUAACUUCACAGAAUUGUCUAUUUUAUCCCCUGUAAUCCAGCAGAUGUAUUCAAUAUCUCAGCUUAUAUCUUCUGGAGCAGAAACUGUUUCUUUUGAAGGAACUUCAUUGCCUUUGAGAGCAGGAUUCUUGAUAGUCACCAUGAAUCCUGGACAGUGUUUAUCGUCACACAACUUGCCGGACAAUUUCAAAGUUAUCUUCAGAACUGUAACCUUCAAUCGAUUGGAUAUCAACAAAAUAUGUGAAGUAAACUUAUUCGCAGCAGGAUUCAACGAUGGGAAGAGUCUAGUUACCAAAUUAGAGCGGAUUCUAACUCUCUGCACGGAUCAAUUGUCUCCUGGAAGAUGCUACGACUUUAGAUACAGAUUAAUUAACACGAUUGUAAAGACAGCGAUAGGCUUGAAAUUUGAGUUUCCUGAAGAAAACGAAGAUUUUUUGAUUCUAAGGUCGCUGAUAGACAUCGUUCUACCAAUGCUGUUGGAAAAAGAUAUCCCAAUCUUCCAAGGAUUUCUUCAAGAUAUAUUUCCAGAUGGAUUACCGCCUCCAAACUACGGGCCUUUGCUCAAAGCUCUGGAUCAAGUCGCUUUAGAAGAAAGUCUUCAAGUUCACGAAGUGUUCCAGCUCAAAGUGAUCCAGCUUUUAGAAAUGAUGUACAUGAGACACGCUUUCAUAGUUGUUGGUGAGUCUCUCGGUGGUAAAACCACAAUUCUUCACUCUUUGGCCAAGUCUCUGUCGAUUUUGAAAAGCCAAAACCACGAAAUUGGAGCUGACGUGAUUAUCAAUUCAAUAAACCAGAACUCUAUGACUCUAGAGAGCCUUUUCGGAGCUUUUGAUCCCAAAACUAUGAAGUGGAAUGAUGGAAUCAGUACAUCACUUCUCCGAGAUUACACAAAAGACAAAGAUUUAGUGCGAAAAUGGCUGAUAUUCGACGGUCCAGUCAAUUCCGCGUGGAUGGAGAAUUUGAACACUCUUUUAGACGACAACAAAAAGCUUCUGCUACCUUCCGGAGAAACAAUCCAACUAACUAGAGUUACUUCUGUGAUUUUUGAAACUGAUACCCUGGAACAAGCUUCUCCGGGGAUUUUAUCGCGCUGUGGAAUAAUUUACGUGGAGCCUCAGUCAGUUGGCUGGAAGCCGUACGCGAAUUCCUGGCUCUUACGCCAAAACUUCUCCAGCAACCACAGCUCUUUUUUGAGAAUCUUAUUCAACUGGUCGCUGGAUGCUUUUCUAGACUUCGCGUUCCAAUCUUGUAAAUUGAUCAUCAAUAUCAGUAGAAGUCACAUUGUGAUAUCAGCGUUGAAAUUAAUGGGUAUGUACCUCAAAGACGCCUUAGAUUCCUCAGAAGAUAGAGAAAAAGACCAUUUUGGAAUCUGGUCUCAAGUUGCUUUGAUCCUCGCCUUGGUUUGGACCAUCGGAAGCUGCUUGUCUGAAGACUCCCAAGCAGCUUUCAACGAAUUCUGCGUGUCUAUGUGGACUAACGAAUUGCAUCCUCGUCCAGAUCUAAUAAGGCAGUUCGAAAUCUCGUUGCCUUCCGAAGGGAUGAUUCAGGACAACACCUAUAUAUUCAAGGGCACUGGACUCUGGAAAACUUGGGCGGAUAUUUUAAAAACUGAAAAUAGCAACAUUGAAACCUGUGGCUUUGGAUUCACAGUUGUUCCAACGGUAGAUAUAGUCAAAUAUAUCAGUAUGUUUAUCAAUCAUAUCAAACAUCGGAUUCCGUUCAUUGUAAAUGGAAGCCAGUCGAUUGGAAAAACAUCCUGCAUUAAGAUAUUGCUGAAAAACAAACUACCCAACAAAGAAUAUCUAACAAAUGCCUUCAAUUUCCCUUCAACAAUAACUGCCCAAUCUGCACAAAAAUUAUUUCUUCUGAAGAUGAACAAAAUAAAAGAAGGGCAAUACGCACCGCCGAUAAAUAAACUUAGUAUUAAUUUUGUCGACGAUUUGGAUGUUGUCGUUGGAGAAAAUCACUUGGGACAUGCAUUGCUGGAUUUGAUAAGACAGUACAUUGAUCACGGGUAUUGGUACAGUUUGCAAAAGCCUGAAAAGGUGUUUGUAAGUAAAGUAAUGUUUCUUUGUGGUCUAACUCUCAGAAAUGAGCGUCAAAAAUUGUGCUCAAGAUUUUUAAAGCACUUCAAUCUGUACACAAUGCGUUCUCCAAACAAAGAUAGUAUUUUUCGCAUAUUCACAAACACCUUGCUGUACAAUUUAAAAAAUAAUCAAUUUUCAUCAGACGUUAUUGGAAGCGUCAAUAGUAUGAUCAAUGCUACUAUAUACGUCUAUAAUAAUUUGAUAGAACGCAAAUUUACUCCAAAUGAUCCAGUGUGUCAAUUCAAUCUACGGGAUAUCGCAAAAGUAGUCAGCGGAUGCAGUCUAAUUCACAAAGAGUCUGCGGAGACAAAGAUAACUUUGAUCAGGUUGUGGGUUCACGAGUCUCUUCGGAUAUUCGGGGAUCGUAUUACUGGUGAAGAAAACAGCGACUGGCUCUUUGUCAAGAUCAAGGAAGCAGUCAAAGCUAACUUCAAAGACACUUUCGAGUCAGUUUUUGACCACUUGCCCAAACAAAAUGACAAACUGACCCGAAAGAGCUUCAAGAGUCUGAUAUUUGCCAAUUUUAUGGACGCGGACAAGGAGCCUUCAAUCAGACGCUAUGAAGAAAUCACAUCAAAAGACGCAUUGAAGAACAAGAUAGUAGUCUAUCUGAAUGAAUUCAAUCAAAAGUUCGAUAAAAAAUUGGAUCUUUCGAUUCUUUCAGAUGUCUUGGAGCAUUUAGUGAGAGUUUGUCGAGUUCUGGCUACCCCUGGAGGACACUUAUUGAUGCUUUGCACCGGAGGUUCCGGAAGGAAAUCUUUGACCCAAUUGGCAGCUUUUAUGGAGAAGCAGAGUUUCAGCGAACUAACUGUUAAUCCUUAUUACAGUUUAGAAAAAUGGCGGGAUGAUCUCAAGAAAGUUUUAAAAAGUUGUGGAGGUUGUGGAAGAGAUUCCACGUACUUUGUAGUCGGCAGAUUCGUCCAGGACAAGUAUCUAGAAGACAUCAGCAGCUUGAUGACCACUGGAGAGAUUCCAGGCUUGAUUUCCGCCGAAGAAAGGCAGAGUAUCAUCGAAAUCGCUCGGUUACCUGCCCAAAAAGGCGACCGGAAUCUCGAAAUAGCGACUACGGAAGUAAUGGACUACUUUUUCAAUCAAUGCCGCGAAAAAUUGCACUUUACUUUGUAUUACAGCAUAACUGAUCAAAAUUUACGACAGCAAUUGAAAUCUUUUCCUAACUUGUUGAACUGCUGCUUUGUAGAUUGUUUCAUGCCCUGGCCUCAAGAUGCGUUCGUCCAAUUGGGACACGCAUUUAUCGAGGACUUGAAAAUCGACGGAAGUGUCAAGGAAAAAAUAAUCACUGCGAGCAAGUACUUGUACGAUGAAUCAAAGAAGAUUAGCAUCAAAUACCGCGAUGAAUUGGGUAGAAUAACUCAUGUAAGUCCGUCGGGAUUUAUCCAUAUGAUGAAGCUCUAUGCGAAGCUGAUGGCUGAAAAACAACGAGAACUGAAAGAGUCAAAGGAACGAUACUUGGGAGGCUUGAAGAAGCUCCAAUUGGCGGCUCAGGAAGUCACUCAGAUGAAAGCCAAUCUGACUGUUCUUAGGCCACAAUUGGAAUGGUCAGCGCGUCAGACCGAAGAAACGAUGCUGGAAAUAGAAACUGAAAAUAUAAGUGUUGAGAAUGCAACCAUUCAAGUUAAGAGAGACGAAGAAAUAGCCAAUAAGGCUGCUAAAAUAGCUGCUUCAUUGAAAUCCGAGUGUGAAGCUGAUUUAGCGGUAGCUAUUCCUAUUCUAGAAGAUGCCAUUGCCGCGUUGAAUACUUUGAAACCGACGGACAUAACUUUGGUGAAGGCUAUGAAGAAUCCUCCAGAUACUGUGAAACUCGUGAUGGCUGCCGUUUGUGUGAUGCUAGGAGUCCCGGCUGAACGGGUGAUUGAUCCUAUAACUGGAAGAAAGUCGAUGGAUUUUUGGGGACCCAGCAAGCGAGUUCUAGGUGAUAUGAAUUUCUUACAGAAUUUGAAGGACUAUGACAAAGAUAACAUACCUCCUUCCUUGAUGCAGGUUGUGAAAAAGACUUACAUGACUGAUAAAAGCUUCAUGCCUCAUAUUGUCGCGAAAGCUUCUAGCGCUGCUGAGGGUCUUUGCAAGUGGGUACGCGCGAUGGUGUCUUAUGAUGAAGUUGCGAAAGUAGUAGCGCCUAAAAAAGAGAAGCUUGCAACUGCUGAAAAGGAAUGCAAUGAAGCGUUGGAAUUUUUGAAGAAGAAACGAAAAACUUUGGCAGCUUUGAAUGACAAACUGACGGCGUUGAAUGAAAGUCUUCAGGACACUUUGGCGAAGAAAUUGGAGCUAGAAAAGGAGGUUGAAAUUUGCGAACAGAAACUUGAAAAGGCUGAAGCUUUAAUUCGAAGUUUGGGAGGUGAGAAAAGCAAAUGGAUGGCCACUGCUGAUCGUCUCAAGAUGGCUUAUGAUAAUUUGCCAGGUGAUUUGCUUUUGUCGUGUGGGAUCAUUGCUUAUCUUGCUCCUUAUAAUCCUGCUUAUCGAGAUGAUACUGUUUGUGGAUGGAAAAGUUAUAUUGAGAGCUUGAAAAUUUCUUGUUCACCAGAAUUUGACUUUAUUGGAGUCGCGGAGUCUGAAAUUACGGUUAACACUUGGAAUUUUUACAAACUGCCGAAAAAUCGCUUCUCUAUAGAAAACGCAGUUAUAUCUAAAAAUUCUUUACGGUCUUGUUUGUUCAUCGAUCCGCAGAACCAAGCCAAUUCCUGGAUCAGAAAAAUGGAGAAGAAGAACAAUCUCAAGGUUCUAAAAUUAGUUAACACUGAAUUUCUGGUCGAAGUUCAGAAAAGUAUCCAAUUGGGCCAGCCAGUACUUUUGGAAAACAUCGAAGAGGAUUUCAUCGCUUACCUAGAGUGCAUUUUGUCGGAGAAAAUUUACAAAAUUGAUGAGCAACUGCACCAAGAAAUUAACAAUGAAACCAUUGUAUACAAUCUGAAUUUCCGACUGUACUUAACAACCAGGCUUCACAAUCCUAACUUUGAUCCCUAUGUCUUCCGCAAGACUACUGUGAUAAACUUUUUGCUGCCCGAUGAUGCCCUUCAGGACCGUCUUUUGGACAUAGUAAUUUCCCGAGAACGGCCCGAGCUUCAGGAAAAGUUCAAUCUUUUAUUGAUCCAAAGUGCUUCUAACAAAAAAGUCCUCAAGGAAGAAGAAGAAAACAUUCUAAGAACUCUUUCAACUUCUAGCGUGAACAUCAUUGAAGACGAAGCGGCAAUAAAAAUUUUAGACGCUUCCAAAAACUUGUCUGUUCAAAUUCGCGAGAAUGAAGAAACUGUUUUGGCUGCUAAAAAUGAAAUAGAUAUUUUUAGGACGAAUUAUUAUAAAUUCACUUACUAUUGCGCGACGUUGUACAACACGCUGUCAAUUUUUCCGAAUUUAAACUGCAUGUACCGAUUUUCUCUCAAUUGGUUCACGCAAUUGUUCAUCAAGUCAAUUGCCAGUUCAAACAGAAGCUUUGUUCUUGAAAAAAGAAUUGAGUAUUUAAAAGCUUCUUUUACCAAAACUCUUCAUUCUAGCGUUGUAAGCGCGCUUUUUCAAAAACAUAGACUAAUUUAUUCUUUUUUACUUUGUUUAAAGAUUCUAGAAGAUAACCACCAAGUCUCUAGAGAAGAACUACAGUUUUUUAUGACUAAAAUUGUGGAGCCUGAUUUGGAUCAGGAAAAUAAAUUUUCUUGGCUGCCGAACAAUUCGUGGGAAGAAAUAGUAAAGCUAUCAACCACUUUUGAGCUCUUUAAAACUCUUCCAAUAGAUAUUCAAGAAAAUCAGUCAUCUUGGAAGACUUUUUAUGAUUCAAGAAAUCCCGAAAAUAAUUUCCUGCCUGCUCCAUGGGAAAAUAAGUGUUCACAGUUCCAAAAAUUGAUUAUUCUAAAAAUCCUACGGCCAGACAAAACUGUGAUUAAAAUAUCGCAGUUCAUUUCUGAAGUAGGGAAAGGACUUUUAGCAGCACAACCGUCGAUAAAUUUGUUGGAGUCAUACUCACAGUCGAAUUAUUUAAUUCCGCUGAUAUUCAUCCUGCCAACUUACUUGGAACCGUCGAAGCUGAUCAAAGAAUUUGGAACUAAGCACGGAUACUCUUCAAAACUAACCACAGUAUCUUUAGGCGCGGAUCAAGAUACCCUAAACCAGGUCGAGAAACAAAUAUUGGAAGCUCAAAAGAAUGGAGGGUGGAUUUUUUUGCAGAAUUGCCAUCUAGCUCUCGACUGGAUGCCGAAGCUUGAGAAAAUACGAGCUGAUUUAGACACCAGCAAUACUGAUUUAGAGUUCAGAUUGUGGAUGUCAAGCAAUUCGACUCAGCGAUUUCCAAUAGAAAUUCUUCAAGACGCUGUAAAGAUUACAUACGAUGCUCCAGUGAACUUGAAACAAGCUCUCACUGAUUCUUACAAUUCUGAUCCGUUGAACACAGAUUUCUUCAAUGGUUGUCCUGGCAAAGACAAAGCAUUUGCUAAAUUGAUCUACUCGUUUUCGUUCUUUCACGCUGUCAUUAGAGAACGUAAUUACUUUGGUCUGCAAAGUUGGAACCUAAAUUACGACUUUAAUCAUUACGACCUGGCGAUUUCGAUUAGACAGUUGCAAGCUUUUUUGAACACCAAUAAUAGUGUGCCUUUUGAAGCGCUGAAGUACGUGAUCUGCAACUGUAACUACGGGGGUAAAAUUAUUGAUUCUGUUGAUAAGCGAUACCUCAUCACGGUAUUUGAUGAUUUUUGCAAUGAUAAUGUAGUAAAUUUGAGUAAUUACUCAUUUUUUGAAGAUUACAUUGUUCCAAAUCGGUGCGAGUAUGGUGAUUUUGUUAAACACAUUGAUAAGUUGUGUUAUUACACGCCCUCAGAGGUUUUUGGAGUGGAUGUUAAUGCAGAAAUAAAGAGAGAUUCUUUGAUUGUCUGUGAGUUUUUUGACAAUAUUUUACAAUUAAGUGAACGGAUUGAUGAUGAACAAGUAGAGGAAGAUGUCAUUGAAAGAAUUAGAAAAAAAAUUCCAGAAGAAAUCGAUUUUAAAGCGGAGAAGAAAUGCGAGGAUCCCUUGAACGCGAUUUUGAUAGAUGAAGUUAUGAUUUUUAAUAAAAUAAUUGAACGCAUCAAAAUUUCGCUCUUGAAAAAUGAUUGUUGUAAAGACUUGAGGAAUUACACGGUUCCUUGUACGUGGAUUUAUUUGAAUACUCCUGAAAAUUGUAAAAAGUCAUUGCCGCGAUUUAUAAAAAAUCUCAACAAAAGACGCGAGUUUCUAAAAAAAUUUACGGAAGGAGAUUUUAAUGUGACUUGGCUUGGCGCGUUUAAUUAUCCGAGAAGAUAUAUUUCUGCGGUGCGAUUAAUAUUUGCUAGGAAGUUGAAAGUUUCUUUUGAUCUAAUAGAUUUUGAUGUGGAAAUUUUAUCUGAAAUUUUUUCAACUUGUAACGAAAGUUUGUACCUAAGGGACUUGUAUUUAUCAGGAGGCCGCUGGGAUUUUGAUAAUAAGAAAUUGGCUGAAAGUAAUCCGAAACAACUAUUAGAUUGUAUAAAAAUUGUGAAGUUGAAACCACAAAUUAAAAAUGAAGAAAUGAUAAAUUUGGAUGGUUUUACCAAGUACGACUGUCCAAUUUAUAAAUCCACUGUCGAACGCAGUUUGCUCGGCUGUGAUGAUAAUUUAGCAAACUACAUAAUGAAUAUAAAACUGCAAAGUGAUUUAUUGAAUAAUUACUGGGUUAAAAAUGGAACAGCAAUUUUUUGUUUGACAGAAUAA